AUGACGCUUAAAUCAAGUGCAAUCAUCGAGGCCACCAUUCUCGUUGUUAUAUGUGUAGCGUCUGUUUUUGUAAAUAUCAUUUUGUUUGUGAUACUCUUGAGGAAGAGAACGCUUCGCACCAUCUCCAAUGGUUUUCUUCUCAAUCUCGCAUUUGCUGAUUUGCUCGUAUCCAUGUUAAACAUGCCUAUAACUGUGGUCACCAUUAUCAACGAAAGUUGGAUUUUUGGAGAUACUGCCUGCGUUUUCUUCGGAUUCAUCACGAUGCUUUCGUUUGUUUCAUCAGUGAUGUCCCUGGCUAUGAUAGCUAUCAAUAGAUAUUAUUACGUGGUGCAAUGGAAAAACUACUCAUCUAAUUUUACGCCAAGAAAAUCCCUUCUGUUCGUGGGAAGCAUGUGGAUAACAUCUGUGUCAUUAUCCAUUCCACCACUGUUAGGCUGGGGAAAAUAUGAUUUUAUUUCUGGGAAAUCUUUCUGUUUCGUAUUCUGGCCUUCUGAUGUUUACUAUAUGUAUUUUAUGCUUAUUAUAUGCUUCUUCGGCCCUCUAACUGUUAUAUGUAUAACAUAUAUCAAAAUUCUAAAAUUUACCAGGCGAGCUAAGCAGCAGAUGCAUCGACAUAGGGAAAACAACAUGAUCGAGGAUGCGAGUCAAAAAAUGGAGGAAAACAGAAGACGUAUAGGAACUUCUCAAGAGGAAGUCAAAAUCACCAAUACUUUAGUGAUCGUUGUUGCAUGUUUCGUCGGUUGUUGGGCGCCUUUCGCUGUCACCAUGUUUAUAGAUAUCUACUUACCAUCAUCACGCAUCCCAAGAUCAAUUGAUAUCAGCACACUGUUGCUUGGUUAUGCCAACAGCAUGUGCAACCCUGUUGUGUAUGGGAUAAGGAAUCAAACGUUUCGAAGGGAACUUAUUCAAGUCUUUACGAUCUGCCGAAGACCUCAAAGAGUUUCUGUAGGGAACGUACCUUACCCAUCUAAAAGGAGAGCUUCAUCCAAGAUCAGAACUGCAAAGAAAAUGGGAGUGUCUGAAUUACCACACCUCGCCUCAUCAUCCAAAGAGACUGCUUCAUCUUCUCUUUCUUAA